CGGUGUCAUCGCUGGGUAGAGUUAACUACGUCGGGCUACGAUCAAGUUCAAUCGCCACGAAAGAAGCAGGUAGUCGCAGCUGACUUCCCCUUCCUCGACGGAGACUUCCGCGAGUCCGUGAAAUUAAGAUCGAUCCGGAGAUCAAGCUAGGCGAGUCUCGAUCUAGGCCAGUAAAAUCUUCCGAGACCCCCUAACCUCACAACGCGAGAUAAAAUACUGCUUGAUCCAAUUUUCCGGGAGUGUAUUUGCACAGCUUUACCGACUUCCGGCAGAAGUUUGCAAAAAAGGCUCCACUCAGAAGUAGUUUCAUCAGCCGUUGGAAUGAUAUGUAAUCGCCCACCUCCUUAUCUUCGAUAGCAGAGCACUGUACGAGUUUAGGAUUAAUUACAGUUAAUGCUGGAAAUACGUCGCAGAGUUACAAUAACACCUUCGAGGUCUCUUUGUCUCUAAUCUCUGCACACGUCCAUGCUCUUGUCUUGUCGGUGACCUUGAUAAUUUAAUUUCCAAAAAGACGUAUUGAUUAACUUUGGAAAUUGUAAGUGUCGGAACGAAUUUUGCAUCUUGUGCAUUUGGCAUAAUCCCUGGAGCAUUCUUGGAGCAACUUUGCAUUUCAAAAACACUUGUGAUUAUAAUUUAUCACUUUGCGUCAAUUUUUGUUACACUUGUUUACCCUGAACAUUGUUAAUCGAACCGUACCUUUAUCAUAACUUCCUUUCUGAUCUCCUUUUUUCUCCAAGAGAGAUGAAUGUCAUUUUGCCGUCAAGAUCUUGACAAAGACAGGUGCAUGUUUCUCAUGCAAAUAUGGCUCGUGAAUCUCUCUUUUGGAGCUUACUCUUACUCGGAUGCCGAUUCCAAGUGUUAAUAGCCAGUCCUAAUACCGAUACGAACCCACUUGAAUAUAUGAGCAAAGAUGAGCGGGAGGCACUCAAGGAAGAAGCCAGAGACAUGUUUUAUCAUGCCUACAAUGCAUACAUGGACAAUGCUUACCCUGCCGAUGAGUUAAUGCCUUUAAGUUGCAAAGGAAGGUACCGAGGUUCCGAGCCACACAGGGGAGACAUCGACUCCACCCUUGGAAAUUUCUCGCUAACCUUGGUAGAUACAUUAGACACGCUUGUGGUAUUAGGCGAUUUGGAAGAAUUUGAGAACGCAGUCAAACUGAUAGCAAGAGAUGUCACUUUCGAUUCGGACAUUGUUGUUUCUUUGUUUGAAACAAAUAUCAGGAUGCUAGGGGGCCUUUUGAGUGGACACAUUUUGGCAGAAUAUUUACAGCAAAGAGCCGACAUAAUGUCAUGGUACAGGGGAGAACUUUUGAACCUCGCUAAAGAUUUGGGAUAUAGAUUUCUUCCAGCAUUCAAUACAACCACUGGGAUACCAUUUGGAAGAAUAAACCUGAAAAACGGUAUGAAAGGAGUGCCUAUCGAAAUGACCAGAGAAACGUGCACCGCCUGUGCCGGAAGUAUGAUUCUAGAAAUGGCUGCCUUAUCUCGUCUUACCGGUGAAUUCGUGUUCGAGGAAAAGGCGCAAAAAGCUAUGGACGUUUUAUGGCGAUUAAGGCAUCGAGGAACCGAUCUAAUGGGUUCGGUGCUAAAUGUUCAUUCCGGUGACUGGGUGCGACGUGAUUCUGGAGUUGGUGCAGGAAUAGAUUCUUAUUAUGAGUAUUGUUUAAAAGCGUAUAUUCUUCUCGGUGACGAGAAGUACUUAGGACGUUUUAACAAACACUAUCAAGCUAUAAUGAAGUACGUGAGUCAAGGACCGAUGUUGUUGGAUGUACAUAUGCAUAGGCCACACACAAAUUCUAAACAUUUUAUGGACGCGUUAUUGGCUUUUUGGCCCGGCUUACAGGUGUUGAAAGGUGAUAUAAAGCCGGCAGUAGAGACUCAUGAAAUGCUCUACCAAGUAAUGCAAAGGCAUAACUUUAUUCCAGAAGCAUUCACUACUGAUUUUCAGGUUCAUUGGGGUCAUCAUCCAUUGCGACCCGAGUUUCUGGAAUCAACGUAUUUCCUGUACAGAGCUACUGGAGAUCAGUAUUAUCUGGGAGUAGGUCGCAAAGUACUGAAAAGCUUGCAGACAUAUGCUAGAGUGCCUUGUGGGUACGCUGCAGUCUCAGAUGUCAGGACUAACAAACACGACGAUACCAUGGACAGUUUUGUACUCUCCGAAACAUUCAAGUACUUGUUCCUGUUGUUUGCUGAACCCAACGAUUUGGUACUGGAUUUAGAUGAAUUUAUAUUUACCACGGAAGGACACCUUCUACCGUUGACUUUAGCUUCACUGAGAACAAAUGUCUCCUCGGACUUGGAGAAGGAUGUUGUUUAUGUGGACGAGUUUGAUAGAGCUUGUCCAAACAGUCUACAUUUGUUUCCAGCCUCUGUGAGGCAACCACUGAGGAACAUGGUAGAAGACGUGUGCCCACGACGAACAAUGAAACGUAGGCUGAGUGCAUCUGAAUUUCGGGCAAAUAAUUUGGAACAUUUAACGAUACUGAGUGACAUGGGAAUAACGAUUUUGACAUUGUCAGACGGGCGAAUUCAGCUUCUUCAUACUUUUUCCAAUGCGAAGACUCCACAGGAUGCGGAGGAAGGUUUACUCUUUAUGCAAGAGAUGGUUGAACUCAGUAAAUCGCAGAGUCAACAGUCGAAGACCAGGCCACGAACGGUGACAUUUAUAAAGCCUGGCUCGCAACCUCCUGAAGAAAUAAAGCUAUUGGCUGGACCAGCUCAUUUUGGACCUGACCUACGUGGCCCUGAUGCCAAGGUUACCGGGAACGUGGUUUUCGCGAUACCUUUAACCAGUUGCAGCGAUCUGUUAAAUCCAUCAGAAGUUGUUGGUAAAAUAGCAAUCGUAGAACGUGGUAGCUGUACAUUCGCUGAUAAGGCUCGUAUAAUUCAGAAAGCUGGCGCAAUAGCAGGCAUGGUGUUUGAUAAUGUCGCUACGUCAAGUGUCGCAAAAUCAGUGAUGCUCACAAUGUCCGGUGAUGGAAAGGAAAUUGAUGACGUGACAAUUCCUCUGAUCUUCCUCUUCAAUGCGGAAGCUCAAGUGUUACUGUUAGCUAUCGUUCAAAACGGUGGUGAUCUUACAGUGACGAUAGGCGAUUAUAUAUCACUGGACGGAGUACCAAUUAAACCAUUGGAUACCUCGUCGUUGUUAACGCGGAUUAAAGGUUCCUUCAAGGAUUUCAUCGCACAACACAUGGUUCCACAGAACCGAGACUCCUCGGACGUAUUGUCCAAACAAAAAGCGCCGGACGAGAAAUCGAUCGAGGAGCUCGCGACUUCUGACACGCAAGACGGGAAGGAGUUCACCAUAAGAUAUGCACAUUUGCAAGCGGUAUUUUCGCCGAGCGUGCCGGAUGGGUUUGCACACAUCUCUGUGACCUCCUUAAAAUCUGUCGAAACUGUGGAAGCAAGGCAACUUCCUUUAGCGUUCGAUAAGUACGUGCAAGACCCGAGAUAUAUGAUGGUUGACACCAUCUACUCAAGCAGUCUGAAACACUCGACAUUUAAAAUGAUGAUCAUAAGUUGUGAAACGAAGUUCUUGCUCAUGAAGAAUCAGCAGAAGAAUCGUACCGAGUCCUAUACCGACACUGAAGGUAAACCUGACUCUGAUAUUUUCUCGAUCAUUUCCUGGUGCCUGAAGGACUUAAGUCAAAUACUGCCACAUCCUUGGAUCGUCACACCAGAGAAGAUCUCAGCAUUUCGUAGACGGGAAGCAUUAAAGCAGCAUUUAUUAACGAAGCUAGACAGUGCAGAUUUCUUGAAAUUAUUGAUUGUGAAGCUGCUACAGGAAAUGCCUCACAGCAUGCCGAUGCAUCAACUUCUGAGCCACUUGAUAAUCGAUGACUUACGAUUCAUUAAUUACGCGUUUCUUCGAAGAAAACUACUGCAGGUUGCAGUUGCUGGGAAGGAUGAGGUGAUCAAGCAACGCAUUUCUGUGAUGGAUGAUAUCCGAACACUGAUACAAACUACCAACCCGGAGAUAUUGAUAGAUUAUGGACAAACCUGGUAUGCUCGAGACGUACUUGUAGGCGCAUUUACGGGCAAAAGCACUCUAGGGACAGUAUUUAAAACGGAGGAUUACUUUAACAAAAAAAUUAAUAACAAUAUUGCCAUCCCAGACGAAAUAGUGCUUGGCUUUAAUAAAUUUUGGUAUUUUAUAUUCGAACAGAUUACAAAAGCUGCCAAUAAAUUUCAGGCAGCUAAUAAAAAAACUUAUAGUGAAGGGGAAUGGGAAGGGAUAACAAUGGAUUAUAAUGAAAAUUAUCGAAAUAACAAAAAUAGAUGGUCCAAUAAUGAUUUUAUAAGCAUCGAUGAAGGAAAUAUUCAUAAGCUUCCUCCACUAGAAUAUCACUAUUAUGAGAUGACCAAGAAAUUUACGUUGCCUGAAACUGAGGAUAAAAUUAAUCGGCAAGAAGAGCAAAUCAACUCGGAUGAAUUAAACGCUUUUGUAGAAUCAGGCUAUUCGUCAUCAAUUUCUGACAAUGAAGAAAGAGUGUUAGAAGAUACCGAAAACAAGAUCAAGCAUAUCAAAAAUAGUGAAACUAAUCAAUUCGACCUUCAAGGGCUAGAUCCUAUUAAUGUUAUUGACCCUAUCCAAUCGGUGGAAGAUUCAAAAUCUUCAUUAACAAACCUAAAGGAAGAAAAGGUAGUUGAAGCGCUUUCCAAACUUGAACAGAAUGAAUCAUUUGUUAGUGAUGAGCAAAGCUUAAUGGAAAAAGAUACUAAACCACAGUCAAAAGAUGAACUAUAGAGAUGGUAGAUUAAUAUAUCGAUAUAAUAUUUUUCUGAAGAUGGAAAAUGCAUCUCUGACGUUGUCCGCUGUUGUCCUCUUAACGAUACUUCUUUUCUAAUAGCUUUAAUGAGAUGAAAAGGCUUCAGAGUAGUCAAUGCUUUAAGUUUUGCAUAAGACAACUGACUGCUCCAAACUGCAUUAUAUUAAGAGGCGAGGGCAUGACUGCUCAAUUAUUUUUCAGAGAUACUCUACUUUGGACAUUGAGUCGAUUUCGCGGGCUUGUUGCAAAAAUCAGUGAACAUUUUCUUGAUAGAAUCGUCCUAUGAUUAGAAAUAAAUCUGCUUAACAAGGGCAUAACUCAUUUUGUUGGAAGUCGACUUUUUUUUACCUUUGCAUUAACCUUGGCUACUCAAAAAUAAAACUGUAAAUAAUUCUGUAUUUCUUCAAAAAAUAGUUUAAUUACGGACCUUUAACAAAAGCAAUGACUGGUAUCCUAUGAUUAUGUGAAAAUUUCCAUUCAUUCGUGAUAACCCUUAUUCAGAUCGAAGCAACGGAUAGACUGUCUUGAGGUUGUGUCCUAUGGAUUAAGUCUGUAAGAUACAUGCACACAUGGGCAUCGAACGUACACAAGUUGUAUAUUAUUGAAUGCAUAAGUGUAUUUAACAUACAGUUUACCUGAAACGAACAUAUUUCUAUAACCAAAGUAGAAUAUCAUGCAAAACCAGAAGGAAAGAAAGUCAAGAGUACGAGUUAAUUUCGAUCGUUACAUUCACUUAGAAUGUGUAUGUAUGUAUAUUUUUACUUGUUCAAUGCAGUUUUAUUACAGUCUGCAUACACUUCACUGGUAAUCUAUGUUCGCAAUUGAUAAGCUCCCUGUAACACUUUACCAUUAAUGUGUUAUUUAUCAGUGUGUACAUAUGUACUUGUUUAAUUGUCAGCUGUACAUGAGGCAUCGACUAUUGUUUUCUUACAAUAAGUAACUUCUGCUGAAAUCGUUUCCAUUCUAACACCUCAAAGUUAUACCUCUUGUACGAUUAACCUAUGAUGAAAGGUAUAUUCUUUCCAAAGAUUCUCAUCUGUCAAAAGUCAAUUAGAGCUGCAUAAAAAAAAACUUGUCCUUUAGGGGAUAAUUAUCCAUGUAGAAUGAUUUGGAUAAUAUAUACCUUGAGUCAAUGCUAGUCCAAGUUGUAUCGCAGUGUGUGAAACUUAUUCCUGAAAGUUUUGUGGGAUACCUGCUGUAUAAAAUGUGAUAUAACAUACCGACGAGAGGCAGUGUUUGUAUAAAACAAAUGUAACGUGUAUCACAAGAUCUGGCGUUAGUUGUACCGAGUAGAAGUUGCAACAAGUGAAAUAUUUCAUGAGCGAUAACGUGUAACGGGGGAGGGAUCACCAUAAGUUUGUCAAGAGUACUUUGUGCAGAAUAUGAGAAGUUAGGGAGAUUCUUCAAAUAUUUUUCAGACGAUGGUCUUCCGUAUAACCUAUAAAGUUAAUAGCAUUAUCCCAUUCGCAGAGAUCGAGUUGAUUCAGCGUUAAGAUCUAUUCAACGAUGUAACGCUUUGUAAGACCUAUGAAUGUUACCGAACUUGAAGGCGGUAUGUACCGCAAUAUUGUACAGUAUAAUAAACAUAAAAUAAUUGUAAGCAAA